AUGAAGUACCAUCAGUUCUCACUUGCAGGGGGGACCGGCAAACAUGAGCCAAGACUGGUAAAGCAUCCCGCCAUUUGGUUUUCUUGCCUCACUCUCGAGCAGACCGACCCCAGGCCGGCGCGCCGGGCAAGGGUCCAGAAUCCCGCCAUUCGCUCUGGGCCCCUAGCCAACCCCUGGCCGUGGCAGGGACUUGCUGGUACUGGCAGGGGACCCGGCAAGAGCCUAAAGGCUAAGGUCAACUUGGGCGUUGAUUAUCUGCCCUCUGGUCGGGCGCUGGCUGUCCAACCGAGUAUUGGCCGGGACUAGGGAAUACUACUGAAGAACCAUCAACCGUCAUCUCCGCAAUCCCCCCGCUUUCCCGUGUGUGCGUGUGUGUGUUCAAGAAACGAGUGUGCUGUUUCCUUCGUCGCAUGUCCCGGCUGAUGUCCGCCUUGGCACAGCGGAAUCGGGCUGUUGGCCGGGGGUAGCCGUCGACAAGAAAAG